AUGUCCCCAAUUGGCUCCGGGUUGUUAACCACAUUUACUACUGAUGCUAAUCUUUCAAAACUAAUAUGCUUUCAAGCAUUGCUUGGCUUUGGUAUAGGCAUCGGCAUUCAAGCACCACAGGUUGCAGCUCAAACCACUUUAUCCUCGGAAGACAUACCUAUCGGAAUCUCUGCAGUCAUGUUUGCACAUGGAAUAGGACCCGCAGUGUUUGUGUCUGCCGCACAAUCCAUUUUCAUUAGUCGGCUGAAGGUGUACUUGGCAGACUUUUCUACGCAGGCAAAUGCCACUCUCCUGGGAGAUUCUGGCCUCAACAAUAUGAUAUCCCACGUAGAGGCGGACAAGCUUCAAGGUGUACUUAAAGCAUGCGAUAAAGCUGUCACUGAAGCAUUCUUCCUCCCUGUUACUCUGACAAUUCUUGGUAUGGCUGGGGCUGCAAGCAUCAGAUGGCAUUUGGUGAAGCAGAGAUAUACUUGA